CUUCUUUAAAUAUUUAUGUAGGUUACUAAUCCAGAGCCGUCGUUUUCUCGACGAAAUAUCUACCGUGAAUGUUUUUUCCUGGCUAAAACCUUUAACCAUUCCUACCCGAGGCUGUUUCUCUAGAAACAGAAAUACUGGCGUAUUCAGGAGCCAAGUUGUUCAAAGUGUUUUUUCGUGCGUAAUUAUAGCUUUCACAUGCGGCGAGAACGUCGCUUCGUGGCACUUUCAAUUUAGUUAGUAUGAUUGUUGUUCUUUAUUUAAUGUAAACCUUGAUACAAAAUAAAUUGGUUACAUAAACAUGUAUUUUAAUGCUUGCCGUACAUAGGAAAAAUACAUUUCAAUAAGCCUGAUAAAUGAAUUUCCAUCUAACGGUCUGCUUUCUACUGAAAACGAUAAAAUAGUGAAAUGCUCAUAAGUUCACACCACUGACUUCGUUUUAAAUGUUCAUAUUUACAGUUUAAACGUGUAGGUGUGUCAUGCUUUUUCCACACAUAGGUGCGCAAAGGCAUCGGAAAAUACCGGACAUUGCCAAUAUGUCAAACCACUUUCAACAUGGCGGGUUUUGGUGUGUAAAAAACUGCAUGUAAAAUCUUUGAAUGAGGAAAAAAAUUAAUUACUGCAGUUAACCGUCCAGUUUUAGUUUCUUUUGAUGCACAUUAACAAGCUCUAAUGAAUUAAAUUAGAAGUGGACGCUUAGCAAUAACGUUAGAGUUUUUUUCCGCUGCAAUACUUUGUGAGCAAAGUACAUUAGCGAAGUGCGAAAUACAAAUGACUGACUGUGUAACGCACCGAGAGGACUUCGACGAGACCCGUAUCCCACGAAUGCACAGUACGCAUAGCUACAUUUCCUGUUUCACUUUAUCAGCAUUAGCAGUUACAAUCUAUUUUUUUAUCGUUAUUUAGUAGACAUGGAAUAAUGGUCUGAUGAACGGUUCCAUUUGUCAUUUUAAUCAAUCAUCAAGGUUUUAACAUCCAAUCUUGAUGAUUGUAAAUUUGCACGAGGUAAUUUUCCCAAUCCGACGUUAUGUCAAAUUUCUAUGAUGAAGUUUCUACUUGGGUUAAACCGCGCAUAUAUCCAUUUAAUAAUUUAUUUUUUUAUUGCGGGCGGUCAGCAAAACCGGAGUUUAGCUGCACAUUAUUCUGAUGAUCCCUCUUCGGAAUUACAUUCGGCUCCAUAAUGAAUAUAAAAAUAAGCCACGCUUCCGAAUGAACAGUGAUGUGCAUGUGCGCACUCAUGCAUAUUCAGGCUGCGUAUUGCCAUAAAACCCUAAAACAUACCUACCGUCCGCGGCUGUCAUGUGAGAUCGUUUUGCCUUGGUACUGGUGUAGCCUAGAUGGAAUGGAAGUAAGCAACAUCACGGAGAAGAUCUCGCCUCUUUACAGUAAAACCCUAUGAAGUGUCCAGGGAUCUGGUAUAGGGGUAAAGAUUAUCAAGGAUGCAUGGUUAUUGAUGGUUUUAUUCAUGUGCUCCUCAGCGCCGUUCAUAAUCGAUCUUUUGGUAGCAGAUGCCAUUGUAUGUAAAUGUCCCUGGUAAGGUUCUAAAGGAAGAACAGAUGAAACAUUGAUGGAUUGGCUCUGUGAGUGAAGACAGGGAAUUGUAUUAGCCAAGAACAACUUACAUUACUAACACAUCUUUCACAGUGAUUUACAUAACACAAUGAUAUGGAAAACGGAUGUAUUAAGUCAUUAGAUCAAGGCUGUGACUUGACAUCGACAUCGUCAGUUCAGAAGUGUCUGCUGUAGUUUUAGGUGAAAUAAUGGCAAAAGGUAACCACAUCCCCGGGCUAAUUGCUCAUGGGAAGUGUCUGGCUGACGAGAUUAAUUGCAAUGUAAAGAAAGCCAAAUUUCGUUUUCUCCACUAAGAGACUUCAGUGAGGUGUGUGGAUGAAUGAUUCACAGGAGUUAAAAAAUAUAUAUAUAUAUUUUCUUCUUUUGACCCGAUCAUGAGUGACUCAAUGGCUGGAGGAGAGAUAAUGAGAAUCACGUGGCACAAGAGUCAACAUAACAGACACAACGUGCUCUGCGCAGAAAGGCUGUCCAAUGAUUGGCCUACAUCGGAUGUUUUUUCUUCAAAGAAGAUACAGACAUCUUAUUAAACAACACGACAUUUGGAAUAAGAUCAAACAACAUCCAUUUCCAUCUAUUUUUGAUUAUUUUUGAGUUUAUGGAAAAAGUAAUCACAUAGACCUUCUGAUGUGAUGUUACUCAAACAAUGGCUUGAUGCUGGAGAAGUUUCCUGAAGAUUGCUGCUGUAGGCAGUAGGCUGCCCAUUGUGGAGGAAUGAGGGAGAUGCAGUGAAGACUGGGGAGUCUGAAGACAGACGGACAAAGGGUAAAAGGGUAAAGGUCACCAGGAAGAGAGAGCAGGAUGCAGUCCCGCCCACAGGACAGGCCGUUGGCCCUCUCCGCGGAGAAAUCCCACAGCCCGACCAAUGGGAGAGAAGUACAGGUGUACUCAGACGCAGACUCCAUGGAGGAAGAGGCCGACUUUAAUUGGGAGGAGUACCUAGAGGAGACGGGGGCGACCGCUGCACCCCACACCGCUUUCAAACAUGUGGACAUCAGCCUACAGAGCAGCUUCCAGCCGGGGAUGAAGCUGGAGGUGGCCAAUAAGAGCAGGCCAGACACUUACUGGGUGGCCACCAUCGUCACCACCUGCAGCCAGCUGCUGCUACUGCGCUUCAGUGGCUACGGAGAUGACCGCAAGGCCGACUUCUGGUGUGAUGUCAUGACAGCCGAACUCCACCCAGUAGGCUGGUGCUCCCAGAACAACAAGACCCUCCAACCCCCUGAAGAUAACGUUUACCUAAGAAAAGCCAUCAAGGAGAAGUACAGUGACUGGACAGAUUUUCUCAUCCAGGACUUGACUGGCUCACGGACCGCACCAGCAAACCUACUGGAAGGGGCUCUGAGGGGGAAGAACACAGUGGAUCUGAUUGUGGAGGGUUCGGUGAUGGAGGUACGGGACCUCACUGACCCCUACCUCUACUGGGCUGCCCGCGUCGCCCAGAACAUUGGUGGGAGGCUCCGGCUACGCCAUGUAGGUCUCCAAGACGACGCCCACGACACCUGGCUGUUCUACCUCGAUGUGAGGCUCCGCCCACUGGGCUGGGCUCAGGAGAACCGCCUGUCACUGGAGCCCCCAGCAGAGUUGCGUGGCCUGAAGAGCACCCUCGAGUGGCAGGAGGCCCUGGAGGCGGCGCGGAGCGAGGCCCAGCAGAACCCACUGCCCCUGGAGGUGUUUAAGGACCAUGCAGACCUGACCAAACACUCCUUCAGGACGGGGAUGAAGCUGGAGAUGGUGUCGCCGUCAGAACCGUUCCACAUCUGCCCUGUAUCUGUCACACAGGUCUACAAUGAGCACUACUUCCAGGUCACAGUGGAUGACCUCACUCCAGAGGCCACACCCCUGUCCCUGGUGUGCCAUUCUGAGUCGCCGGGCAUCCUCCCCGUCCAGUGGUGUCUGAAGAACGGGAUUGGUCUAGAGCGGCCCAGGGGCUACCAGAGCCAGGACUUUGAUUGGGCGGACUACCUGAAACAGAGUUGGACUGAGGCCGCCCCCGACGCAUGCUUCCCUGACGCGUGGCAGAGCCGAGGCUUCGCUAAAGACAUGUGGCUAGAGGCCGUUAACCCUGUCAGGCCCACAGAGGUGUGUGUGGCUCAGAUCACACAGGUCAGGGGUCGCCUGCUGUGGCUCAGACUGGAAGGCCUGCCUAAGUCUGUCCCUGAAUGUAUUGUGGAUGUGGAGUCCAUGGACAUCUUUCCUGUAGGAUGGUGUGAGACCAAUGCUUACCUCCUGACUCCACCACUGAAGCCUGUCUGCCAGCAGCAGAAGAAGAUAGCCGUCGUCCAGCCAGAGAAGCAGUUGGCUCCGCCGCAACCCGUGGAGACAAUCCCUCUCGACCUCUGCGAGCCCGUUGCCAUGGACACAGGCUCAGCCAAUGGGAGAUACUGUUGUUCCAGGAUCUACGUGAACCACCACUGUUUCUCUGGCCCUUACCUGAACAAGGGGCGCAUCGCUGAGCUGCCACAGGCUGUAGGGCCGGGGAAAUGCACUCUGGUCCUCAAAGAGGUGCUCAGCAUGCUAAUCAAUGCGGCCUACAAGCCUGGGCGUGUCCUGAGGGAACUACAGGAUGUGGAAGAGCAGCACUGGGACUGCCACGAGGAGACCCUCAAAGCCAAAUACAAAGGGAAGACGUAUCGAUCGUCCAUGCGGAUCGUGCGUCUGGCAGAGCAGAUCCCAGACUUCUGUCGUAGAGUGUGUGUGAAGCUGCAGUGCUGUCCCAACCUCUUCAGCCCCGUCCAAGUCACAGGCCAGUGUCCUGAGAGCUGCUCCAUGCAGACCAAGACCAAAUAUAGUGAGCGUUGGUGUGUGCGUGCGCGAACAAAUACAGUAAUUUUCUACAAGUCGUAUUACUACGGUAAGAAGAAGAAGCUGUCUAAGCCGUUUGGAGGAGAGGAGGGUCUGGAGGCCAAACCCACACGACGCAGGAAGAAGAGGAAGGCCAUCUUUGUCCAGAAGAAACGGCGUUCGUCUGCAGUGGACUACACUCCUGCAGGGUCACCACAGGACAGUGAUGAAGACGAGGAUGAAGAUGAUCUUAUGUUGCAGUCGGGCAGUGAAGAAGGCACCAGCUCUGAGCCACGCGAGGACCACAUAGACACAUCCUCUGUGGAGGUGGCUAACAGCCGGCCGCGCCGCGCCGUGACGCUACGCAGGGCCACCCAUACCGGCAUAGCUUCGGGCAGCUGUGAGGGUCCUGAAAGCAGGAGGCGGAGCACUCGGUCCCUGUCAUAUAACCAGGGGAACAAGUACCACCCACCCAAGAGACCGGAGAUGCAGGUGGAGUGUAGUGAGGCGGAGUGCCGGCUGGUGUUGGAGAGGAACCCUCUGGAGUGGUCCGUAGAAGAUGUGGUCACCUUCAUCACCGCCACCGACUGUGCUGCUCUCGCCAACAUCUUCCAGGAGCAGGACAUAGAUGGCCAGGCGUUGUUGUUGCUGACCCUGCCCACCGUCCAGGAGUGUAUGGAGCUGAAGUUGGGUCCAGCCAUCAAGCUGUGUCACCAGAUAGAGAGGGUCAAGGUGGCCUUCUAUGCCCAGUACGCCAACUGAUCCUGGGCAUCUCACCUGGCACCUUUUACCCUGUAGAGCACAGGCUGUCUGGAGACACCCCGCCCAGUACACCUUCAUCUGAGGAAGAGGAGGAGAGAUGAUUUCGCUUAAUGCCAAGUCUGGGAUUACCUGGUAUGGAAGGCUGGGAGGAAAGUGGGAAAACUGGUAAUGCUGUCGCUUAGGAAUUCCUCAAUUCUGGACUUUGAUUACCCAGCCACUCUUCCGUGGAUUACUGAUGUCACAUAGAGAAGGAAGUGACUUCAGAGGAAGUAGAAGAGAGGCUACCCACGAACGGAGCUCAGGACGUCAUCUGCGACAACAGGCAGAGAUGGAUUGGAGGGUUCAGAUUUCCAUAGUAUUGUGUGGAAGGAUCAGUCAACUGUGAAUCGUUGAUAUAAUAAUAAUAUAUAAUAAUAUAUGCCAUUUAGCAGAUGCUUUUAUCCAAAAAAAAGCAUACAUUCUACGUAUGGGUGGUCCCGGGAAUCGAACCCACUACCCUGGCGUUACAAGCGCCAUGCUCUACCAACUGAGCUACAGAAGGACCAGGUUGAGUACGAUACAUAUGAGUCAAUCCAUAUGGAAUACAGAUCUGUGAAGAAACUGAUCGAAAUUGAGGAUUAUUUUCUUGGAACAUUUUGAAAUCGAGGAUUAUUUUCUUGGAAAAUCUUUUUUUUUUUUUUACAUGCUGUUUGAGACUAAUGGCCCUGGCAGCGUUUAACUUAUGAACAAAUGUUAUUAAUUAUUUGUUCAAUGUUUUCCCUCUUUGUUAUAUUUAAGUAAAUUAGCUUAAUAUAUUUCAUUAACGAAAAUCGGUUAGUAACCUACAAUAUAUUUGCAAUAUUUAUUGUAUUCCUUAUUGAAUAGAUGUCAAAUCUAAUUUGGAUGUAAGAGAAAUAUAUUUAGAAAGAGUUGAUAGGCUAUUGAAAUGUCCAAGUCUUUGGGUUCAAAUAUUUAUUUAAGGAAGUUCAUGAGUUAUUCCAGUCAAUAGUAAUUGAGUCCUGUUAUUAAACCAUCUGUUUUUUCUUGUGUGCAUAGGGAAAUAUUAGGGCCGUUGCAUUUUCUCAUUAAGUUUGUAAAAAAUCCUGGUUACACUUUAUUUGGAUAGUCCAUCUGUAGAUGCUCUACAGGCUUCAACUAACUACUAACCGUUAUUCUAAACCGUACCCUAACCGUAACCUAACAAUAACCUAACCUUAUUCUAAACCGUACCCAAACCCCUAUUCUAAACCUUACCCUAACCGUAACCUAACCGUUAUUCUAAACCGUACCCUAACCGUAACCUAACCGUUAUUCUAAACCGUACCCUAACCGUAACCUAACCCUUAUUCUAAACCUUACCCUAACCGUAACCUAACCCUUAUUCUAAACCGUACCCUAACCGUAACCUAACCCUUAUUCUAAACCUUACCCUAACCGUAACCUAACCGUUAUUCUAAACCGUACCCUAACCGUAACCUAACCCUUAUUCUAAACCUUACCCUAACCGUAACCUAACCCUUAUUCUAAACCUUACCCUAACCGUAACCUAACCCUUAUUCUAAACCGUACCCUAACCGUAACCUAACCCUUAUUCUAAACCGUACCCUAACCGUAACCUAACCCUUAUUCUAAACCGUACCCUAACCGUAACCUAACCCUUAUUCUAAACCGUACCCUAACCGUAACCUAACCCUUAUUCUAAACUUUACCCUAACCGUAACCUAACCCUUAUUCUAAACCGUACCCUAACCAUAACCUAACCCUUAUUCUAAACCUUACCCUAACCGUAACCUAACCCUUAUUCUAAACCGUACCCUAACCAUAACCUAACCCUUAUUCUAAAACGUACCCUAACCCUUAUUCUAAACCUUACCCUAACCGUAACCCUAACCCUACCCUUAUUCUUAACCUUAUUCUAAACCUUACCCUAACCGUAACCUUAGCAAGCAGUUGCUUAUCAACAGACGGUCAGUUGCUUAUCAACAGAUGGUCAGUUGCUUAUCAACAGACGGUCAGUUGCUUAUCAACAGACGGUCAGUUGCUUAUCAACAGACGGUCAGUUGCUUAUCAACAGACGGUCAGUUGCGAGUAUCUACAGACGGUCAGUUGCGAGUAUCUACAGACGGUCAGUUGCGAGUAUCUACAAUGUGACCAAAGUCCUGAAUGAGCUUUUUACCCUUUUCACUUUUUAAGAAGUUGCUUUCACAAUCAUGUAAACAGUCAAAUACGUUCUAUCCAUCUAUGCAAAACCCGGUGCAGAUAUUUUUGAUAAGUGUUGAUAAGAAAAUACAUUUCUACUGAUUUUGUAAUGACGUUUUGUUUUUAUAGAGAAGAAGAAUUCAUCAAAGUGUUUUUUAAAACCACGUAUAAACUCACAGGCGGGUAGGCCUGAAUGAACUACGUAGGUAGUCAUAACCAUUCCAUUACUGAUUUGGAUUUCAUUGUGUUUUUUCAUGCAGGCAGUGACUAAUAGCCUGUUGUAUUUCCAAGACUGUAACAUGUUCUUAAUGUAAUAGACAUUGAAUUGAAUACAGACAGUACAUAUUCAGAUGAGAGUAUUUCACAGCAGCAAGACGAGUCGUGCUUCACCAGUUCUCUGUUACUGCACAGUUGAAUUAAUUUAAUAGCACAUACACCAACUCUGACACUUUCGAUUGAGCCAGCCUGAAAAGUGUUUUAAUCAACUGCUACCUAAAAUGGUUGCUUGGCAACACAAUUUCUACCGUCUGUUUUGCAUGAUUUUUUUCCCUUUUCCCAGCUGUAUCUGAAAACAAACUGGAUACAUUUUGAUUGCAGAGGAGUAAACAACCAUUUAACUGGUUAAACAUUUUUUUUAAAGCUGUUUAAUAAAAAUCUCAUGUACAAGACAA